AUGACUGAUGCCACCUUCCACACCACCAUUCAGGACAUUCGCAGGGCAGAGUCCAAGCUUUCCCAGUUGCACGGUGGGAACCCCCCAGCAGACUCAAAUUCUAUCAUCGACCAAAAUACCAACAAGGCCGCAAAAAUUGACAAGGUCAAAGCCAACCUGCCUCUUCCUGAUCAACCUCCAGUCGCCAGUGACUGGAACUCCUUUGACCAGCGAAUCACUAGCAUUGGUUCUGGACGUCUAGAGUUCCCUCCUGAUAACAGUGGCCUGCGUGGGAGUGCGCCUAUUGGUAGUAGUGCUAGCGAACUUGGACUCUAG